UUCAAGCACUUGUCUGUUUACUCAUGUUGUUUCAUGAAUGGAAAGUUUAAUUCAUACUUUUUUCCUUCAUAAGAUUGCAUAUGAAUUUGGCUUUACCAGAGAGGCGACUACGAUGAAUAGGAUAUGGAGAUAUUUGUACGAGAAUUGCAAGAAUAGUUAUGUACUGGUACCACGAGUUAUGAAGGACAUGGUCAGUAGUGGAAUUGGGAUGCAGAGGACUUAUGACUCACCUUCGCACAUUAUCAUUGUUCCAGAGAUGGAAGGAAGCAUCAUGGUGUCUCUGGCGGAUAGAAAUUCAACCAGGUUUAAGUCAAACUUGAAUUCAUUUCCCACUACAUGACAUAAGUAUGGUAGGCCUGGUAUUGGUGAUGCUCAUUCUUCAAGAUCUAUUCCUCUAAUUGAAAGACAUCCUAUUACAGUUUCUCAGUAUUUCGAACAACUUUUAGAUUUACAAAUGUAAAUUUUUAAGUUUGAAGAUCUGUCCAGUCAUGGAUUAUUUGUUUUUGUAGAGGUUUUUAUUAUUGCAC